UCUCUGCGCUGUGUUGCUCCGAUCCGAAUCGACUAGAGCGAGCCACGGACACCGAGCUCACCUUGCUUGGCUUGCACACUCUCUCGACUUGGCAACUUUCUGUUGGUCUGUGGGUCGUCGAGAACAAAAACAAAACAAAACAUGGGACCCCGCACAUCUCCCACUCCAGCAAAAGAGGUGAAGCCCAGGUCGGGGGGUCAGCCAGGCAGAGCAGGUGACGCUGAGUGCCAUGGCACCUCGCCCGUGUUGAACAACCCAAAGUCAGUUGUGAGGAGGCAAGUCAGUCCCCAGGAGCUUCAGACGCCAGGAGGGCCGUACAUCAAGCGCACAUUCACUAUUGUGGGGGAUGAUGUGGGCUGGGGCUUCGUGGUGAGGGGCAGUGCCCCCUGCCACAUCCAGGCCGUAGACCCCAGUGGCCCUGCCGCAGCAGUGGGAAUGAAAAUGCGCCAGUUUGUGGUGUCUGUGAACGGUGUCAACGCGUUGUCUCUGGACUACCGAACGGUCAGCCACCUCAUCCUCACGGGACCCCGCACCUUUGUUAUGGAGGUCAUGGAGCCUCUUGACCCCUGAAACCAGAAAAAAACAUCUUCCUCUGGGACCCCUGAGACCAGGAAAGAACCAUCUUCAUCUGGGACCCCUGAAACCAGGAAAAAACCAUCUUCAUCUGGGACCCCAGAAACCAGGAAAGAACCAUCUUCAUCUGGCCCUCGGAGACCAGGAAAAAACACUCAUUGUCAUUUAGAACCCUGAGACAUGAAAAACCCCAUCUUCAACUGCACUCCUGAGAACGAAAAAAAAAACCACGGGACCCCGCACCUUUGUUAUGGAGGUCAUGGAGCCUCUUGACCCCUGAAACCAGAAAAAAACAUCUUCUUCUGGGACCCCUGAGACCAGGAAAGAACCAUCUUCAUCUGGAACCCUGAGACCAGAAAAAAAAAUCUGCAACGGCUGUUGCUUCUGUUGCUUCUGCUGCUGAUGCUGCUGCUGCUGCUGGUAUGUCGAGAAAAAUUGAUCACAGUAAAAUAUCAUCAUCAUGAUAUGUAAACUCUGGCUGCAUUCUCCUCCUCUUAAUCCUCCUCCUCCUCCUCCUCCUCAUCCUCGUUCUAGUCCUCAUGAACCCCAGAAAGAGACCAGAAUACCAGAAUACAUCAUCUGUGUCUGCCGCUGCCAUUACCAGUGGUGUGUGGACUCGAGACAUGUUGAUCACCAGGAAAAGGUGCAGGACAAAGGCUGACUGUAAGUUUGGAGCCAGGAGUCCGUACAUGGAAAAUCCUUUUUUUUAUCAGGAUUAUGUUUCGACCAUUGUCUUCAUGUCAAGUCAAGUUGGUUUUAUUGUCAAUUUCUUUACAUGCACUGGUCAUACAAAGAAUUUAAAUUACGUUGCUUACUAUCCCAUGCAGACAUAGACAUCGACUUUAGGUGUGGACAAUUAGACAUAGACAGUACACAUACUUUACACCUAGAGUACCUAUACAAUACACAUGAAGACAUAUAAAGUGCAAGACUGGGCAACAGCAGACAUGCAUAGAACAUGUAUUAAAAUGUCAUCAUGAAGACAAUGGUCGAAACGUAAUCUGCCAUGGUAUAUAAAAAAAGGAUUUUAAGUGUGCGGACUCCUGACUCCAAACUUACAGAUCUACAGUGGACAUUGAGCCUUUCCCAUCCCAUCCACUUUUCUGGGGACCACACCGCAUGUCCAGGCCUAGUUCAUUGCAUCUUAGAGGAGGGGAGAUGCAACAAUAUUACAGUCAAGAUGAGAGAAGAUGCACAAGAGGAGUUUCUUUAACUCUCAAAAUGACAGCAGUACAACAUUUUCUCUUACAGUUGUCUAAAAAAAAGUUUAGAAAGUUUGGGAAAAGUUACCUAAAAAAGUUGGCAGCACUUUAAAUAAGCCAGUAAUGUUUAGUUAAUUUUCCCCCCCCGUUUUUUUUGCAUUUGGGUCAUUUAGAGGUAAAAAUAUAUAUAUUUGUAUUAUCUAGAAAAAGGUUAUGCUAGAAAAAGGUCAGUAAUUGUACACCUACCGUAGGAUUGUUCUAUAUUAUGUGAUAAAUUGAAAGGUCAAAAAACAAAGCUGACUGACUCGUGAGUAAGGAGUGGCAUGUAUAGAUUAGUGACUGGCCAUAUUAGUGUUGUAUGUACGGUAUGAAGAUGAAUUGGAAUAUCGUGGACAAACAGCUUUGGCCUACUGAUUUAUUAACCA